AUGUCAGAGCCAGCCAGCACAGGGAACUACCUUUGGGGUGACAUUCCUGCCGAGUUCAUUCCCGAAGGUGGCAUCUACCGCCUUUGCUGGUGUGCGAACAUGCCAGGCCUGGCUUGCCCCGGUUUGGAAAGUUUUCAGCUCUCAGCGGGCCUGUUACAUGUUGCGGGGCCUUCUGGCGAUCACCUGUUCCACUGCGUCCGGGGCCAAGACUGCACUGGCCUAUCGCCCUUCCGUGGCGAGGGCUUGUCUCCGUUGGACCGUGUGUCCAUCCGGACCGGCGGAUGCGGCAGCACGGUGCUGCAGAUCUCGCCGGCCAACGUGGAAGGGUCUGCGGUUCUGGAGUCCUUCGAGUCAACGUUUUCCAUGCACUUCGGCUCCUCAAAUGCAGGACUUGGUCUGGACCAUGGCGUGUUUGUGGAUGCCAGCGAGGGGUACGAUCUUUGCUGGUGCGGCGGUCCGCUUUGCAGCCAAGAGGACUUUGUGGUACCUGCUGGCAAGCUGCAGGUGAAGGGGCCCCAUGUCAACCAAGAGAUCAGCUGCUUCGUUGGGCAGCCUUGUGUCUUGACCGGUAUCCCGUUCGUGGAAGCUGCUGCCGGAGAUCUCGUCAUGGUGCUCUCUGCCUGUGGAACAGGCUCCGCAGUGCAAGGCUUCCCUGGUGGGGGCAUCGCCGAGUACGCCGAGUAUGCCGAGGAUGGGGCCGCCUUCCAGUUCCAGGGCGCUUCGAAUCUGCUGCGUUCACCUGCUGGCAUUUUCAGGCUUUGCUUUUGCAGGCCAACUGCAGAUGCAGCCUGCGAUGGCGCUGCGGCUUUCCGAGCACCUUUCGGACUCAUGACAGCAGCUGGCCCGUUCCAGCAGACCACCACUUGCACUGUUGGCAGCACCUGCACCCUUGACCUGUACGGCAUCGGGUUGCACGCGGGUGAUGCGCUGAUUGUGAUUGAGGGCUCUUGUGGUGCUACCGCUGGCGCGGCCAACUUGGCCAACUUCAUGCCGGAUCAAGCUCUCCGACUCCAAGAGGAGGGCCAAGCACUGCAAGCCUCUUUCGGUUCCAUCCCACGGGAGACGACCCCCGGCACGUACGGACUCUGUUGGUGCCCAGGGGCUCUUGAUUGUACAUCCGCCCUGUCAUUCCGAGCAGCAGCGGGCCAAGUGCAAAUUGACUGCCCUGAAGGGCAUUUCUUGGCGACCUCCCGAUGCACUCCAUGCGGCCGAGGCUUCUACUGUCCAGGAGGCAACCCUGUUUCGGCCACAAGGUUCCCUUGCCCGGCACACGAGACCACUCGAACGAGAAGCGCACGCACUCGCCUGGACUGCGAGUGCGUCGCCGGCUACUUUCUGGAUUCUGGUAGCUGCGCCGCCUGCGGGCGAGGGUUCUACAAAGCGGAUCCGGGAAACAUGGCAUCCUGUGAUGCCUGUCCACAGAACCUGACCACGCACCUCACUGGUUCUGUGUCCAAUGCCUCUUGUGUUGCUGCGCUGGACGAGGAGGGCUCGGCUCCUGCGGACCUUGAUGCCGAAGGCUUCAGCAAUGCUUCCGAUGUGCCAACGGUGACCUUCAACGUUUCUCUAGGCGACUGGAUUGACCCAAGCAUCAGGCGGGAGCUUAUCACGAUCCUACGCCGAAGCCUUGCUGACUCUACCAGGUUGGACCCAGGUGCUGUUGAAAUCAUCUUGCCUUGGGCGGCUGCUGGCCGCAGGUUGACAGAAUCAUCAGUUGUUAUCCUCUUGAAGUUUCCAUCAGAAGCCGAAGCCAGCCGCUCGGCACAGGAGACGGAUGUCAGCGUUCUUGUUGGUGACAUGAGCAGCGCCCUGCAGCAAAAUGCCGACUUGUCCGGCCUCACCAUCGAGCCGCUGUCGGGGCCCUCUGUGUCAUCUGUGACCAUCACCUGCCCAGACUUCUCCGCCAAGCCACCGGGUGUGCCCAUCUUGGGCCCAGGCGAUUGCCUCUGCAAGCCGGGCUUCGGCUUCGACGUGCAGCUCGGGAGCUGCAAGAUCUGCCCCGAAGGGGAGUACAAGUUCACAUUGGAAGAUUCGGGGUGCGAGAAGUGCGAGUCCCCAAAAUCAACGGUUCAACCUGGGGCUGUCUCGGUUCAGCAAUGCACGUGCGGAGCCGGCAUGUAUGAGCAGGAUGCUGAGUGCCUCAGCUGCGUGACCGGGUUCUACUGCAAUGGAACGGGAGCUGCGUUCAGAUGUCCAGAGAACUCCACCACGAUAUCUGAAGGCUCUCGCUCUCUGACCGACUGCAUUUGCAUCGCCGGGCACCAGGUUGCCACGGCAGUUGAAUCCUCAGCAACGUUCUGCGAGCCCUGCGCGCCGGGGAGGUACAAACCGAACCUGGGCAACGGAGUGUGCUUUAACACAUGCCCUUCAAACGCCGGUAGCGGGCCAGCAUCCAUCGAGUUGGAUGACUGCUACUGCUUGCCUGCGCAUGUGGCAGAAUUGGACAGUACUGGCAAGCUGAACCGAUGUGCCAGCUGCGCUCUUUAUAGUGGCUUGGUCUGCCCCGGUGGCUUUGACUUCGGCACGAAGAAUCAUACUCAGCCACAGGCCAUUGAAGGCUGGUUUCAGUCAGGCAAGACGCUGGCUUUCCAAUGCCUUGUUGUGCUGCCCGACGGGAGGAGCGUUUGCAGAGGGGGUACUGCCGAGUGCCAGCAAGAGCGUGAUCCAUCUCUCGCAUCCCUUGCAGGCUGCCAGCGCUUUGGAAACCAGUGUGCAGAAGGCUCUGCAGGAAUGAUCUGCGGCGAGUGCCCAGUGGCUUGGGCCAGGGGCAACCCCUUGGAAUACUGCCAACCCUGCCCGCUGGGCCAGGGCGCCGCUUUGCUGGUCAGCUCCGUCACGGCAGAUAUCGCGAGGAUCACCGUUGUGAACUUCGUCAUUGCAGUACUGGCUGCCAAGGGAGCAGGGACCUCUCUGAAGUUGCACACGUCGAUGAUCCGCAUCGUUCAGUCCUGGAUCGCUGCCUGUGCCAUCCUGCUGAACUUCGACCUGGAUCGCUUGGAGGCCUUCUCGUGGUCGGAGGCACAGGGCUGUGACCAGAACUGCCCAGAGCCCAGGCUUAUGUGGCCUCAGGCAGUUUCUGAUGCCAUGAGGGGCCUUUUCUCGCUGCUGGCAGUCCUUCCUCGAACAAGUGUCAACUUCGCAGCUGCGUGCCAAGCAGAGGACAUGUUGCCCGGCAACCCGACUGCCAAACGGAUGAUACCAGCGCUGUAUUAUCUAGCCUUGCCGCCGCUGACACUCGCGAGCACUGUUCUUCUGUGUGCCUGCGUGGUGUAUAUCGCGGUGCCACUUGGAAAGAUGCUCGGACUCCACUUCAACGCCGCAGACAAGAAGGCGACACAGAGGAGGGCAGCCCUCCACGUGGUCAGGGGCCAGUUGAAGGUCGCAGCCGAUCUUUUAUCGAAGGAUGGCGAUGAUGGUGGGAUUGCUGAUGGUUCUGGCGAUGUGGCCAAGUCACCAGCUUGCCUGGAAGAGCUUGCACAGGGCAUCUUGGACCAGGCGGACUGGCAGGCGGAUGUCCCAGAUGCUGUUCUGGCUGGAGGCAUCAGCGAUGAGGAGCUCGCGGCCGCCGCCUCCGACGGCUUGAUCUCCAAGAACGCGCUCCACCGACUGGUCCUUGGCACUGUUGUGUGGAAGCUGCGAGGCCAGUUUGAGCCCGAAGCUGACCACCAGGGCCUCCCGAAGGCCGACUUCCUUGCGGAGGUGGCGGGCGCUGCGGGGUCAGCCCGCGAGCUUGUUGAGUCACAAGGGGCCCAGGACUCCCAGGAUUCCUUGCUCCAGAGCGCCGGCCGCAACCUGCGCAGCAGGGAAGACGAAAGGCUUCUUGGGGCCCACGGGGUCACUGCCUUGGACUUGGCGCUCUUUGAGUCCUGGCCCGGACUCAAGGCAUUGCUGGAUCAAAGCAUGCCCGUCAUCUGGCUGACGCAGCUUGCCCUUUGGCCGGAGCUCAUGUCCAGCUUCCUGCAGAUGAUCCGUUGCAUAUCGGUUCACGAAGACAGCGAAGACGGGGGGGAGCCCAUGACGGUGCAGCGCCUGCGUUCGCAUCCGGAUGUGGAGUGCUGGCAAGACGAGCACAUGGCCACAGCAAUGGUCGCCCUAACAGGACUCGUGGUAUGGUGCCUGGGAGUUCCCCUUGCCUUAUUCCUGAGAAUAUGGGCACUUCGCGACAGGCAGGAGCCUCGGAACCGCAGGAGGUUUGGAUACUUCAUUCAAGGUUUGGAGCCCAGCUAUUGGUACUGGGAACUGGUCAUCAAGAGGAUUGACAUCGGCGUCAUGCUUGUGGUCGCGUCAACAUCGAUAGCAAGCGAUGACAGGUUGAAGCUCUUGCUCUUUGCGCUGAUCUCGGGCAUGCAGCUCGCAGUGACUGCAUGGCUCAAGCCUUAUGGAAAUUCCCAAGCAGAGGUGUUGGACUUCCUGGAGUUUGUCCUGCUUACGUCCCGAUUUGUGCUCUUCACCACUGUGGCGAUCCUACUGAUGUUUCUUCCGUCAAGGGAAAUCGUCUGGGUUUGGUCGGUCUCCCUCUUCGUGAUGCUGGUGUCGGUGGUGUUUUACACGAUGCUGCACAUCGUGUCUCAGGCCUUGCGCAGCGUUGCCAGCCAGAUGGAUGCCAAGCCCAAGAUGGAACAGGAGCGGAAGAUCAUGCUCUCCCACGUGCAAGCUCCGAGAAGUGGACCGAUCAGAUCCGAUGGCCUCUUCGAAGAUCUCAAGCAAAGAGCUGUGCAACUCUUGUUGCCGCUGUUCCAGCCGGAAUCAUACCUUGCCUUCUUCUGGUCCGUUCAUGUGGAGAGCCCCUUCGUCGAUGGGAGCCAGAUCCAGGUGACUCACCGCCCAGCGGAUCGAAGCUGGUUGCUGGCAAGGUUGGCGCAGGCAUCGGCUCUUUUGUUGAGGUCCUCUGGCAGCUACCAGAAGGAAGCGGUGAGCAAGGCUUACCAGGACUUCAUCGAGCUUUGGUUGUCGCACUUUGGGGGCAGCAACAUCCCAAACGUGAACGUGCUGUGUCUCUUGUCGGUGGCCUGCCGCUCGCUGCCCGACAACUUGGCGAACGCGGCGAUUCAUGGCUAUUGGAAAAGAGAGACCCAGAAGCUGGUGUCGGAGGCUGAAAGCCAUUGGCAGCUCUUCGCCGACGACUUUGCCAAGACGGUUCACAUGUUUUCGAUGCUCCAGAAGGCGGACGCAGACGAGCUCAUGCGGUCCACGCAAGACAUCUUGAAAGAAGCGAGGAAAGACGGGGAAGGGAGGAACUCCGGAGUCGAUGCGCAGCCGAAGCACUCCUCCCAGUCCCGGCUAGAGACUUCGGUUUGCGAGCUGCAGGAGGAUGCACUGGAUUUUCUCAUCCAAGCCGAUGUGGCCUUUUUGGAGCCGGAGGUCAGUCAUCCUGAGAUCGGCGAUGUUCCCCAGGACGUAUCCGAGUGCAGCGACACUAUUCAGAUAUGA